GGAUGGCAUCGCGCGCUGUUGUUCGGAUUCGCUCGGCUCCUCCGGUGGACGCAAGCGUUCGCGAGUGAUCGGGCGUGGGUCGAGUGGAACCCUCGAGUUGUGUACGACGACCGAGCGUUUGUUUUGAUGCCGGACCGCCGAGGGAAGACGCGCCCGGUCGAGUGAUCGCGCGGACGCGCUCGGCUCAGCGAACGGGCGGCCGCCGACGCGCCGUCCUCUCGCUUCGGGACAUCCUCAGACCGAAAUGUGCGGGGAUUGCGGCUUGCAACGAUCCUAGGAUGGCUUUGGGGACUUCUCGAGGCAUCCUCGCUGCUGCUUGCAUCCUGUGCGGCAUCGCCCUCGCCAACGCCUCGCCGACCCUCCUAUUCGCAACCCACAAGGACAUCAGGGUGACCAAUGUCUCCCGGUCGAACAAAGCGACGACGAUCGUCAGGGACCUGUCGGAGGGAGCCGCCCUGGACUUCUACUACGAGAGAAGCCUGGUCUGCUGGUCGGACAGCGUCCUGGAGGUGAUCCAGUGCGUCCGGUCGAACGCGACCUACACCGGGGAGAGGAUGACGGUGGUCAACUCGAGCCUGAUCUCCCCGGAUGGGCUGGCCUGCGACUGGUACACGGGGAAGCUCUACUGGACCGACGGGGAGAAGAACCGGAUCGAGGUGACGAGCAUCGACGGCAGGUACCGGAAGGUCCUCUUCUGGACGGACAUCUACCAGCCGAGGGCGAUCGCCCUGGUCCCGAUGCGCAGCAUCCUCUUCUGGACCGACUGGGGCGAGGUGCCGAAGAUCGAGCGAGCGGGCAUGAACGGCGACCCCGGGACCAGGGAGGUCAUCGUCUCGGACGACAUCUUCUGGCCGAACGGACUGACGGUCGACUACGACUCGGAGCUCGUCUACUGGGCGGACGGGAGGCUCAAGUUCAUCGCCGUGAUGGACUACCACGGGAAGAACCGGAGGACGGUCGUCAGCCAGGGCCUCGAUUACCCGUUCGCCAUCACCUUCUUCGAGCAGAAGCUCUACUGGACCGACUGGAAGACUUGGUGCAUCCACUCGCACGACGUCCGCUCGACCACCUCGCAUCCGAGGGAGCUCUUCCACGGGGAGUACAUUCCGGGGGACAUCGAGGUCUGGGACCCGAGGCGCCAGCCCUUCGGGGACAACGCGUGCAGGCACAACAAUGGGAACUGUUCCCACUUGUGCCUACUUGGUACCAAGCCACCCGGGUACACCUGCGCCUGUCCGACGGGGGUCAAGCUGAUCGACGGGUUCACCUGCGCCAAGGGGCCCGAGGAGCUCCUCCUCAUCGUCCAGAGGAACGAGAUAUGCCGGAUAUCCCUGGACUCGCCGGAUUACACGAACUUCGUCCUGCCCCUGACCGGGAUCAAGCACGCCAUAGCGAUAGACUUCGACCCCAUCGAGGAGAUGUUGUACUGGACCGACGACCAGGCCUGCGCCAUCAGGAGGGCCUUCCUGGACGGGUCUGGCCAGGAAGACGUGGUCACCACCGAGGUGGGCAACCCUGACGGCAUCGCCAUCGACUGGAUCGCCAGGAACAUGUACUGGACCGACACCGGGACGGAUCGCAUUGAGGUGGCCAGGCUGAACGGCACCAGCAGGAAGGUCCUCGUCAACGAGGACCUCAUCGAACCCAGGGCCAUCGCCCUGGCCCCGGAACUUGGCUGGAUGUUCUGGACCGACUGGAACGACAAGAAGCCGAAGAUCGAGCGCAGCAACCUGGACGGCAGCGAGCGCACCCUCCUCGUCACCAAGGACAUCAUCUGGCCGAAUGGCAUCGCCCUAGACCUCGAGAGGAGGAAGAUCUACUGGUGCGACGCCAAGACCGAUAAAAUCGAGGUCUGCAACAUGGACGGCACCGAUCGCAGGGAGGUCAUCACCGACAACCUCCCUCAUCUGUUCGGCCUCAGCCUCCUGGGGGAUUUCUUGUACUGGACCGACUGGCAGAGGAGGAGCAUCGACCGGGCCCAUAAACUCACCGGGGGAGACAGGGAGGUCAUCGUCGACCAGGUGCCUAAUGUCAUGGGCCUGAAGGCUGUUCACCUGGGGAAGGUCAGUGGGAACAACCCCUGCGCCAAGGACAACGGAGGAUGCAGUCACCUGUGCCUUAAUAGACCUGGGGAUCGGUAUGUCUGCGCGUGCCAGAUAGGGUACGAGCUCACCAAGGACAAGAAGACCUGCGUCAUCCCCGACGCUUUUCUACUCUUUGCGCGGAAGGAGAACAUCGGACGCAUCAGUAUCGAGAACGCGAACAACGAUAACAUUAUUCCUGUGACCGGGGUCAAGGAUGCGAGCGCCCUGGACUUCGACAUGGUGGACAAUCGAAUUUACUGGACGGACGUGAAGGUGAAGGCCAUCACCCGGGCCUUCAUGAACGGCUCGGACGUGGAGAGGGUCGUCGACCUGGGCCUGGAGACUCCGGAGGGACUGGCCGUGGACUGGAUUGCACAUAACCUCUAUUGGAGCGACACGGGAACGCGGAGGAUCGAGGUGGUGAGGCUGGAAGGAUGCUGCAGGAAGGUGCUCGUAUGGCAGGACCUGGUGGAGCCGAGGUGCCUCGCUCUGGAUCCUGAAAGAGGGCACAUGUACUGGACCGAGUGGGGGAACUCGGGGAGCAUAGAAAGAGCCGGGCUGGACGGAUCCCGAAGAGCGGUGAUACUUUCGGACAUAGGUCGAGCAAAUGGCCUGACGAUCGACCACUUGGCGCGUCGACUCUACUGGGCCGACCUCUUCACCCCUGCGAUCGACAGCUACGACCUGACUACCAUGAAGAGGAGGGCCAUCAUCACCCAGGACAUAGUAUAUCCCUUCAGCAUAACCCAGUACCAGGACUACAUCUAUUGGACCGACUGGAACACCGGGGACAUAGAGAGGGCGAAUAAAACCACGGGUGCCAAUCGCACCAAGAUCCACAACCGGCUGGAAUCGGUGACCGACCUGUUAACCUUCCACGCGUCCAGGCAGUCCGGUCGCAACCCCUGCGCCGUGAACAACGGGGACUGCGGCCACCUCUGCGUCGCCUUGCCCGGGGUCGGCGGGAAACCCUCUGUAACCCACAAAUGCGCCUGCCCUACCCACUACAACUUGGCUCAGGACAACAAAACCUGCGUAGCUCCCAGGAACUUCAUGGUGUACAGUCUGCGCAACGUGAUGAGUCGCUUCCUCCCGGACACGAACGACUGCCCCGACAUCGUCCUCCGGGUGCAGGGCUUGAAGAACGUCCGGGCGAUCGAGUUCGACCCUAUUACUCAGCACGUCUACUGGAUAGACGGGCGGACCUUGUCUAUCAGGAAGGCCCUGGAGAACCGGACCCACGCAGGGGUCCUGAUAUCGGGGGGCUCGGGACAUCCCUUCGACCUGGCGCUGGAUCCCCUGGGGAGGCUGCUCUUCUGGUCCUGCGCGGCCAGCGACGCGAUCAACGUCACCAGGCUCGACAACGGCUCGGCUCUGGGGGUGGUCGUCAAGGGCGAGGGCGAGAAACCCAGGAACAUCGCCGUGCACCCGGAGAAGAGACUGCUCUUCUGGACCGACAUUGGUGGGAAGAUGAGGGUCAUGCAGGGCAAGAUGGACGGCAAGGAGAGGAUCGUCAUCGCGACCGACCUGGAGCAGCCCACCAGCCUGGCGCUGGACACCGAUGCGGACCUCGUCUUCUGGGCCCAGGGCAGGCUGGUCGAGUUCGCCGACCUGAACGGCGGCAACAGGAGGACUCUGGUCUCCGUUGGCCAAGCCUCCGUCUCCCACCUCGCCGUCCUCUUCGAGUACCUCUACUGGUUCGACCGGGACACCCAGACCGUGGAGAGGGCGAAUAAAACCGCAGGAACUGCUAGAAGGACCUUGAUGAGCAGACCCAUCACCGACCUCGUCACUGUCAGGACACCUGACGACCUGGUCAUGGAGUCCCAUGUGUGCAGCCCCUUCCAUGACUAUGGAGGGUGCUCGCAUUUCUGCAUCGGCUCCCCCAGCUCCUCCAGGUGCUCCUGUCCCCAGACCCUGGUCUUAUCGGACGACGAGAGAACCUGUAGAGCUGCUCCUGCUUGUGGCGCGGAUCACUUCACCUGCGCGGCACCCAGCUCGGCUGUCGCCAAGGAUUGCAUCCCUGCCACGUGGAGGUGCGACGGACAGACCGAUUGUUCCGACGGAAGCGACGAAUUGGGCUGUCCUGCCUGUAGCCAUGAUCAGUUCAGGUGCCAGAGCGGACAUUGUAUCGAUAUGGCAUGGGUCUGCGACGGCACCGCACAAUGCCACGAUGGCCUUGACGAGGCCCAUUGUUGCAGAGCCGGGCAAUUCCAGUGCAGCGGGACGGGAGUGUGCAUCCCCGCCACGGCUUUGUGCGAUGGGUGGGAAAAUUGCGCGGAUGGCAGCGACGAGACCGCACCGGCGUGCACCUCGGCGAACAAUCACCGCCAGGACGCGGGUCCCUCCCUGGACUCCGGGAAGAGCACCUACAUCGUCGUGAUCCUAGUCAUCAUGAGCGUGGUCAUAGUCAUUGUGCUAGGGUUUUACUAUUGUCGGAAGAGGCUGGCGGGGAAUGAAGAGCUGCCCGACAUCUUGCACGACUCCGCCGGGGACCCGUUGUCCCCCAAGCCGGGCAGGGCGGCCAAGCCGAUGUUGGCCCAGAAGAACGGCAGGAAGGACCUCAAGGCGGGACUGGAGGCCAUGAGGAUGUCCACCCUCAACGGCAGUAGCAUUGGAUCCAGCUACGACCGCAGUCACAUUACAGGCGCGUCGAGCUCGACGAGGGGCAGCUCCACCGGUGGUUAUCCUCAGGAAACCCUGAACCCUCCGCCCAGUCCAGCUACCACGGCUAAUUCCACCAGGUGUUCCAGCAGCAACGCCUCCAGGUACAGGCCCUACAGGCACUACAGGAGCAUUAAUCAACCUCCGCCUCCGACACCGUGCAGCACCGAUAUCUGCGACGAGUCGGACAGCAAUUACCCUGCCAGGUAUAGGUACGAAAGCGAACCCUUCCCACCUCCACCUACGCCGAGGUCGGUAUACCACAGCGACGCCGCUAUCAGCUGUCCACCCUCGCCCAGCUCGAGGUCCUCCACCUACUUCAGCCCUCUUCCACCGCCGCCUUCUCCUGUCCCGUGAAUAUUCUCACCAGGUUGUAACUGGAGGUAUCGGUGUCGGGCAUCAGCGGGCUCUGGGCAAGGUGGGAGGUCGUUUAAUGAAAAUGUGGAAACAUGAAAACGUGAAAAUAUGAAAAGGUGGAAACAUGAAAACGUGAAAAUAUGAAAAAUGUGAAAUAUGGAAACACGAAAAUGUGGAAACAUGAAAACGUGAAAAUGUGAAAUGUGGAAACAUGAAAAUGUGGAAAUAUGAAAAUGCGGGUAUAUGAAAUAGGGGGAACGUGUGAAAGCCCGAAAGCAUGAAAAUAUGGAAAACCAUGAGCUCUGCCUUUAGCCUUGGGAAAAAUCGACGAUCCUCUCCCUGGUAUCAAAGGGUUCCCUAGACAUCCUGGACUCCACGGUUCUUCGUUACUAGCCAGAAGGGUCUUCAACCUUCUUCAAGGUGGACGACGGGUUUCGUUUCGAGAUUGGAAAGUGCAAAUAUUCGUUGUGUAGCUAAUUCUCCCCGUGUACAAAAACUCUACGCCAUUGUGUGCCUAGGAGCCGCGGUCGGGUCGCGCUCGACCUCGAGGAGCGCGCCGGGUUGUCGGCUCUCUGUAAAUAGACUGCGUGACUGCGAAAGGGUGCGAAUGGAGCCCCCUUGAGAGCCGUAUUUUUUUUAAUAGGCCCCGUGUAUAAAGUGUACAUAGAUAUAUUACGAGACGAUUUUUUAACUUAAACGCGAGCGCGCGAUGACUUUCCUCGUCAGGGCGCGCAUGCGCGUUCAUUCGUCACCUUUAUCUAUACUCUGUUAAUUGUGAUAUAAAGUAUAUCAUAACAUUAUUAUUAUAUAUGUGUGUAUAUGUAUGCAUGUAUAUCGAGAUAUAUACAUAUGUGUACAUACAUAUUCGUUACUAUUACCAUUAAACGUAUCUAUAUUUUAUGUUCCUUACCUGACGUAGCAUUUAACCAAAGGCUGCAUCGGAUAUUUUAUUACACAUUGUCGAAUAAUCUGCGCUCUAGGAUUACGAAGGGGACUUCGAUUAUUUGUAAUGUCCUUUGAAGGCACUUUUAUAGACGGGACGGCGAGUUAAAUGGAUUAAUGUUCAGCAGGCCGGACAGGAAACGUGAUCUCCGCUCGAUCUCGGCCGCAUCUUCUUAAAGCCUUGAUAAGGUUUAGAUAGGAUGUGGAGGCUCCUUUUUAUACGAGAAGUGUGGCGUUCCCUUUUUUAUUGUAAAACCCACUACUAAAGGCGAGGGUCAUUUUCUCUUUUACUGAAAUGUACUCGCUAAGUAGAGUAGGCGGAAUCUCUUAGGUUCGAGAUUAUGCACCGACAUACAAGAAUUGACCAUCCAACGUGUUCUUAUUAGCCACGGCUUUAUGAAGGGAACAAGGAAGUUGCAAUAUCCUAGGAGACGUAAUUGUCAGAGGCCUUUUGUUGUUAUUUGUUGCUUUCGACCGGUACCGGUUAACUUAUUUCUUUUUUUCUAUUUAAAUUGAACCUAGGUCUUUAAUGUUUGCCACGAGGCGCGAAUUAUUCCACUCUGAUUUGCAAUAAUUCCAGAACGGUUGUAGGAAGAGUGCGCCCAAAUUUUUCCUUUUUUUUUUAUUUUUUAUUAUAUAUCAAUGCUUUGGGGCAUUUCAUCUUUUUUCGCUGCAAAGUGUGUCGAAGGAUCAACUUUUUGCGGGAAUCUGCAUAUCUUGCAUUGUUUAAAAACCCCGCGCCAAUCAAAAGUGAAGUUACAUAUCUAUUAUAUAUAUAACUGACAUGAGUUCUGCAUUCGAGGUGUAAUAUAACAUUGCAUAGUAAAGUUAUACAGGACGCGAAAUCGUUUGCAAUGGACUGAGAGAUAAGAAGCAAACGAUUAAAUCAACUAAAUAACAUGCAAUUUAAGGUGCCACCUUUUGUUUUUAUUUUUUUUUAUUCCUUAGUUUACCUGAAUCGUAAAUCUUAAUACCUUUUUUUUUUUUAAUUAUAUUUUAACAUUUAUAGCGACGCCUGUAAAUCAGCUGUUCACUGUCAAAACAAGGAAAUACGAUUUUCUCGUUUAAUCGCUCGAGUUGUCUUUCCUGCGCGGGUGAAAAUUAAUGUUUUAGUUCAUUGUUUUGCAGAAAAGAGGAGAAGAGCCUUUUUACGCGGAUGGAUUAUUCCGGGAGAUUUUUACGACGUGUCGUACAGGCAAUUGAAAUAAUAGACAAUGGUACAUUUUUAUCCAAUUGUGUUUAACUAAUGUAUCGGAAAGUCGCAGAUUCGCGUAGCUCGUAUUAACGCGAAUUCGGUGCACUUAAAGAGGAGUUAGAUCUAAGGGAUAAAUUUUCGCUAAGGUACGCGAAUUUGUUAACGGCGAAUCGCUAUCGAAAUGCUAGUACCAAUACUGAAAGGUGCAUGAGUCUAUAGGCACGAUAGCUUCACAUCACAUUAUUGCAUUUCUCAUCGUAUCGACAGUUUGCCCAUAGUUUACAUACCAUUCCAGCUUGUUAAACUAUUGGACCGAUGUCCUGAGUAAAUAGUUAUAAAAGUUGGCGCAGCGCAUGUAACAAUUAAUUCGUGUACGGUGCAACUUCGUUGCAGGUCGCAAAAUGUAUGGGGAAAAAAAAAAAAGAAAAGAAAUCCUGAUUGCGGGAUAAUAUUUCCUGGUGCUUGGUCGAUAUUUAGUGCGCGAAUUGUUAAUUUGAUUACGGUUUUUUCUUUUUUUUUUUCUCCCCUUUACAUGUAUUUGGAGUAACUUGUAGGGAAUUUUUUAUCGACCUGUGACGGAGUUGCACAUGCAUCGUCUGAUUUCUCCUAUGACUUUAACCCUUCCGCAUCGUCGCACAAUGUCGUCCUUGUGACUGUUCCUGUGACUUAAUUAAAUCGCAAAACCGUGCCAUAAACGCGUCAUAAAUAGGGGUAAUUACGAAGUAUAUAUGAUAAUGGUACUCAAAAUUACCGAGACUUGUACAAAUACACGAGUCCGUAAGGAUUUUAAACCUCGCACUGCCACAGCAACCGCCUUGAGGAAACUUAUUAUUAAAUUAUUACUCUUGUUUAGCGUCGAAGACUGAAAUCAUUGCCUAUAUUUUUUUUACAUUUGCGAACAAUGUAUCUUAUAAUGCUAUACGUGUAAAAUAUGUGUACAAAAGCGAAAGAAAGGAAAAAAAAAAAGAAGAAGAAAAAAGCAA